AUGAGCACGCCUAGUCCCGCCCACAAGCGCAAGCGAGGCGACGAUUCGCCGCCCGGGAGAAGCCUCGGCAGAGAGGAAGUUAUCUUGGAGCGUGUCGCUCCCGAUGGAGAUGUCGUCUUUGUCCUCGGUGGGGGAACCGGCAAGGUCCAGGUUCAAUCGAGCAUCAUGAAGAGUGCCUCUCCUGUCUUUUCCGCCAUGUUGGCAGGUCAUUUCAGAGAAGGCCAGAUGCUCCAUGAUGCUGCGGCUAGCGGCCAGUCAGUCGAGAUUCCUCUUCCUGGUGAUGAUUUCGAGGCCUUCAAGCUCAUCUGCAUCGCAAUCCAUCGCCAAGCCAGCACCACACAGUACUGGCCAUCCGAAGAAGUGCUUAUGCGAGUCCUCCAGAUCGCCGACAAGUACAAUCUUGUCGACUCGGUUUUCCUUUCCAUGGAAUUUUGGGCCAGAAAAUAUGUCCCCGAUCCAACUCUCAACCACUUUCUUCUCAUGAUCAUAUGCCACCAAAUUAAGUCUCAAGAACUCUUUCAACUCUUCAGUCGAUCUCUCGUCCUCAACCAUGGGGGGUCAUUCAUGUCCCUUGCUACUGAGAACGAGCAGCAUAUCUGCGACUCGGUUCCUCGUGGAACUAUCUAUAAGCUAGCAUGCGCCCUUGAAGAAAUGCGAGCAACUAUGAUGCGGAGGAUUACAAAGUUCAUCAAUGCCGAACUGAUGGCCCGGUUCAAUAAUGGCCACUCGGAUAAUGAAAUGUCCUCGGACAUUAUACCAUACUAUCGACUACUCAGAGGGGUGUUGGAUUCCUACUCGAGGAACCCCGGCCUACACAGCGUCGGCAACGACUACUCGAUCAGCGACCUGACCUCACAGAUCCUAAAAAUCGAAACUAGUUUUCCAGCGGAGCGCUCCUACAACAGAACUGCGCCAAAUGCCAUUCCAGUUUACAUGGCGUUAUUGAGGCGGUUGCGAGGCUUGAAUGAGAACUUUGUCGGGUUGUGUCUCGACUGUCUUGAGGUUGACAAGUUGGACUUUGACUGCCGAGGAGUCCACAAGUAA